AUGAGAUCACUGCAGUUUCAUCCAACGCGUCAGGUGCUUAUGUGCGCCGGUGAAGAUGGCCGGUUGAGUCUUUUUGAGGUGGGUUUACCCGGAACGGAGGAUGCUUUCCUGCAGGAUGUGCGAUUUAAAGCAUUUCCAAUCUCGCGUGCUUCGUUCACGGCCGAUGGAUCAAGGAUAAUUGUUGGUUCGAGGAAAAAGGUUCCCCGUUGUAUUAUAUUUCUGGUAUUUAUGCAAAAAUUAAUUUUCCUUACUUUCCCCUUACCUCCUUCUACCAUGGCCACUUUUAUCCUUCUUGUUCUGUUUCAGUUCUAG